AUGAGUUAUUAAUUUGUUAAAUUUAACUUCUUAGGGUGUGCUAGUAAUCUAUUGAUUUGGCAUUUUCCAGGAUGUGCAUCAUGUGAUACAGGUUUUCAAUUAGUUAAUAGAGAAUGUUAACCUAUUUGUGGUGAUUUAUAAAUAUUAGGAAAUGAAGAAUGUGAUGAUAAUAACAGAGUUUUAAAUGAUAAAUGUUUUAAUUGUAGAUUUCAAUGUCCAGCACAUUGUUUAACUUGUAAUAUAGAUACUACACUUCCUUGUUCAGAUGUAUGUGGAGAUGGAUUAGUUACUGGCCUAGAAGAAUGUGAAGAUGGUAAUGAUAUAUAGUUCGAUGGAUGCUAUCAUUGUAAAUUUUAAUGCUAAGAUUCCUGUACAAGAUGUUUGAUGGGUAUUUGUUAAGAAUGUGCUGGAGGGUGGUAUAUAGAUCCAUUAAAAUGGAAAUGUAAAGAGAGAUGUGGUGAUUUUAUGUUGGUAGGAGAGGAAUAAUGUGAAGAUGCUAAUUAAUCAGAUACUGAUGGAUGCAAGGAGUGUAGAUAUUUUUGUCGGAUUGGUUGUUCAUCAUGCAAUUAUGACACAGGUAUUUGUCUAGCAUGUGAAUUCCCAGGAUUUGUUCCAAAAUAAUAUUUUUGCUAAAAUGAUUGUGGAGAUGGUUUAGUAGUAGUAGAUCCUUAUAGAUUCUUUGCAGAAGUUUAUGAUGAUUUAGGUUGCAAUUCUGAUUGUAAAUCCUGUAAAUAAGGAUACUUACUUAUUAAUAGUAUUUGUGAACCUAUUUGUUAUGAUUCCUUAUUGGUUGAAAAAGAAAUGUGUGAAGAUAGUUAUAUUUUGCCCUACAGAGGAUGUUAGAAUUGCAAAAUAAAGUGUUAAUUGUCUUGUUUAGUAUGUGAUACAACAGGAAAAGGUUGUUGAUAAUAUGAUAUUGGUUAUGACAUAAUUGAUUAUAUUUGUUAUUCUAUUUGUGGAGAUAAGAUUAUAACUAUUGAUGAGGAAUGUGAUGAUGGUAAUUUAAUAAUUGGAGAUGGAUGUCAUUUUUGUUAAUAUAGUUGUUAAGAUUCAUGUUUAGAUUGCAUUAAAGGAAAAUGUUUAAAUUUUUUAGAUAAUUAUGAAUUAGUUUUAUCUGCUUGUUAAUUGAAAUGUGAAAACUUAAUUAAAAUUCCUUAAGAAUAAUGUGAUUACAUUUUAUUCAGCAAUGAUGGAUGCUAUUAAUGUUUUCAAUGUUCAGAAAAUUGUGAGAUUUGUCAAAAUGGAAUUUGCACAAUAUGUUAAACUAAUUUUGAACUUGAUAAUAUAUAUAAUGAUUGCAUUCCCAUCAAAAAAACUAAAUUUGAUUUAGAAAUAAAUUGUGUAUAGAUGAAAGAUAAUCAAUGUCUUACUUAAAAUUAAGAAUUCAUAGAUUUUAUAACAAAUCCAGAUUUAGAAUUUGAUAUAUGUCGUUAAAAUUGUAAAAUCUGCAAAUUUAAUAAUUGUAUAGAAUGCAAAUAAGGUUAUUAUGGAUAAAAAUGUAUAUCAAAAUGUGGAGAUAAUAUUAUUACAUCCCAAGAAGAAUGUGAUGAAGGAAAAGGUCGUUUAAUUAAUCAAUGUUCAAAUUGUAAAUUAGUAUGUCCUGAUUUCUGUAAACUAUGCGUUUUUGGUAUUUGUUAAGAGUGUUAAUCUGGAUUUUAUUUAGAUAUAGUUAGCAAUACUUGUUAUUCUAUUUGUGGCGAUAAUAUUUUAGCAUCCAAUGAGGUUUGUGAUGAUGGAAAUGAUAUAUAGUACGAUGGAUGCUUCUAAUGCUAAUAUUAAUGUGAAAUUGAAUGUGCUGAUUGAUAAUUUGCAUAAUGUGUUCAAUGUUUAGAACCAUUUUUCUUAGUCUAGUCCAAAUUAAAAUGUGAAUCUCUACAAUCUUGUGAAGCUUAAGAUGGCUUAUAUUAUGAGAGUUUCUCUAAUAGUUGUGUUAAGUUAUGCGGAGAUGGUAUAGAAGCUGGUAAUGAAGAAUGUGAUGACUCUAAUAUGAUUCCAUAUGAUGGUUGCAAUGAAUGUAAAUUUCAAUGUAGUUAACUAUGUACGCUUUGUGACAAAGGAGUUUGCCUUAAUUAAUCAUGUCCCUUAAGGACUAUCGUAAUUAAUAAUUCUUGUUGUGGUGAUUCUAUAUUAAAUGGUGAUGAAGAAUGCGAUGAUGGGAAUAAUAUAGAUUUUGAUGGAUGUUCAAACUGUUAAUAUUAAUGUAAUUAAUUUUGUGGUGUUUGUUUGAAAGGCAUAUGUGUAGAAUGCAUUUAAGGAUUUGAAUUAGUUAAUGAAAAAUGUGUUGAAGAUGAAGAUUAUAAUAAACAAACAGAAAGUCAAAAACCUAAUAACUUAAAUUAGAACCAAAAUGAGGUUUGCCGUCAUGAUGAAUGUGCAUUUUCUCUCAUCCCUAGAAUGAGAUUAUUAUUUUUAAAUUAAACUUUCUCACAUUAAUAUGUUGAGAUUAACUUUGAUUAGUAAGUUCAAUUUACAGAAUCACCUGAUGAAGAAUAGUUUUAGACUUUUGAAAUAUAAAUUUAAGAUUUGAAAGAAUAAUAUUAUAAUAUACAGCUUUAUACAAUUGUAGGUAUCACUUAAGAUUUAUAAGUUUUAUAAUAUAUUAUUGAUAUAGAAAUAUUUUAGGAACUUUAAGAGAAACCUAAUUUAUAAGUUUUUUUGAUUUAGAAUGUUGUUAAUUCCAAUAAUCAAACUAUUAUUUAACCUUAGCAAUCUAUACUCCUCAACUCUCCUAGAAUUAUGAGUGAAGAAUUAAAAUCUAAAGUGAUUGCUAUGAGUCAAACAAACAAAGCAUUUAUGAUCUCUGCUAUUUCUAUUUCUUUAGUCUCAUUGAUUUUUGGCGAAGCUUCUUUAUUUAUUGAAACUUUGAGCACACUUUAGUACCAGUCAUAUCUAAAAUCAUUAAUCUUGAAUAUCCAGAAAACUUAUAUAUUUAUUUUUAAACUUCUGGAAUGUUAAAGAAAAUAUAAUAAAUUGAUUAUAUCAUUAUCAAACUAUUUAUAAAGUUUGUAGAUAGAAUAUGUUCUAGGCAUUAUUACAAAAAAAGAAGAUAAUUAAAUAAGUACUACUGGAAAAUUUGCAUUAUAUGAUGUAGAUUGCGUUCUUAUUUUUAAUUUAAUACCAUAAAUGUUCUAGCUUAUUAUACUUUUAACUAUAAUACAUAAAAGCAAGAAAAUCUAUGUCAUGUACUAAAUUUUUUUUCAAAAUUGUUUUCAAAUUAUUAAUUGUAAAAUCCAUAAAGCUUUAAUUAGAAACUUAUAUAAUUUGUCCUAAAUUUUGGAUAACAUAUUAAGAAAAUCUUAAAAUUCAAAUAUUAAUAUAGUUAAAGAUUAAUCAUGGUCAUUUUCUCAUUAAAUGCUUGGGAUGUUUUAUAUAAACUAUUAUUAUAAAUUCAUUUUAAUAAACGGUAAAACCCAAGAGAAGAAUUUUAAUAUAUUAGCAGCCUUUCUAUUUUAACAUUUUAUUUAAUAAUUGUUUUGUAAUCCUAUAGCAAAAGUAUCAUAAAGAAUUAAUGUAUUCAUAAAAAUUCCCUUUAAAUUAGCUACGCAACAUUAGAUAUUUUUCGAACAUUUUUUUUUCAUAUUGUGCUAGUUUUCUUUUAAAAUCAAUCAAUAAUUUAGUCAUUAUUGA